GUUCUCUUACAGGUAGAAGAUGCCAUGCUUAUGUUUGAUAAAACUACAAAUAGACAUAGAGGAUUCGGCUUUGUAACUUUCGAGAACGAGGAUGUGGUGGAAAAGGUCUGCGAGAUUCAUUUUCACGAAAUCAAUAAUAAAAUGGUAGAAUGUAAGAAGGCCCAGCCGAAGGAAGUGAUGUUUCCUCCAGGGACGCGGGGGAGAGCUAGAGGUCUGCCCUACACCAUGGACGCCUUUAUGCUGGGAAUGGGCAUGCUGAGUUAUCCAAACAUUGUAGCAACGUAUGGCCGCGGAUACACUGGUUUCGCCCCAAGCUACAGCUACCAAUUCCCUGGCUUCCCGGCAACAGCGUACGGUCCCGUAGCGGCGGCGGCAGCAGUGGCGGCAGCGCGUGGCUCAGGUAGGGGGGCCCGUGGAAGAGGCGGCUACGCAGCAUACCCUCAGAGCACAGAGCCAGGCUUCCCCGAUUACGGUUUCUAUUCCUCGCCAAGCGACCAACGGGGGCCCCCCUUCUCCUUUGCGGACUAUGGCUCCCUGGGCCCCCAGGCGGCUCAGCUGCUGCAAAGCGAGCAUGCCACAUCAGCCUGCAACUCCCCUCUCCAGCACCUGGCCAGCCCGGAUCAAUAUAAGAGCCCAGGCACCAACCCGCCCCGGCCUGGAGCCUUUCCUGGAGCCAGCAGCCCCGGGCCAGUGGCUGACCUGUACGGCCCCACCAGCCAGGACUCCGGCGUGGGCAACUACAUUAGCGCUGCUAGUCCCCAGCCCGGCUCCGGCUUCGGACACAGCAUUGCUGGUCCUUUGAUUGCGACAGCUUUUACAAAUGGAUACCAUUGAAACCUAACAGGUGGUUGGUUGCCAUCUCAUUUGAGCAGAGUUUAUCAGGAGGCCCGGGGAAGACUGGCCGGAGUUUCUAAUUGGUUCUGUGUACAGGUAAAGGCCAUUAAACUUCAAGCACUACAGCGCUGAACGGGAAUCUAAAGCUGAGAUGGCGCCACACGAAGAACAAACCCAAACGUCAGAAUCAUCUCAGCAAGAAGAAAAAAAGAAAAAAAACUCUGCUGUACUAUACUGAAAACCUGGCUUUUGAAUAUUUUAUCCUAGUGUAGCCCUGACCUUGACUUAGGAUUUUACUUUUCCUUUAUUGUCUUUCCUUUUAGUCAUCUUUAAUUGUGUACACGUUUAUUUGAGUUUCUAGAUGUUCUUCAUUGUUCUUGAAAGUUCUCUGACGAGAGCGACUAUGUAAGCAUAAACUAAUGUCUUUUUUUUUUUCUUUUUUUUUUUGAGGUAGUAAUAUUCCAAUAGCAGUUUCAUUUCACAGUCCUCGUCUACCGCGUUUUCAGGUUUCAUUUCAUUCGAGCAAGAAAACGGAUCGAGAUGACUCAGACAUUUUUAAUUCAAGCCUAAACCGCAAUGAGUGGGUAACUCAAAAAAAAAAAAUCUUAGUAGCUCUGUUCUAUGUUUAUUGUGAUGUCUUGUUAACCAUGAUUACCUAUUUUGGGCAAUAAGAGGACUACAAUAUUUUCACAGUCCUUUUUUAUAAAUGUCAUUUUUGUUGUCGA